GGGUGGGAAGGAAAAGGUUUGAACAUUGGGUCGUGCCUGAGGCAGAGAGCAGGGGAGUCACUCACACCGAGUCACAGCUGGGGAAACUGCGGGGACACUCAGUCUGUCAGCUCCUCUGCUUCACAGACAGCACUCCCAUUGCAUUCAGCCGCCAUGUCCUUCAUCCUCACGAAGAAAAAGAAGUUUAAGUUCAAAAUAAACUUUGACUUGGAGGGACUUUCCUCCGUUCCUUUCGUGAACGGAGUUUUAUUUUGUAAAGUGAGACUCCUGGACGGAGGCUUUGCCCAGGAGUCGUCUCGAGAGCCUGUCCAAGCCAACUGUGUGCACUGGAAGAAAAGGUUUUCUUUCAUUUGUAAGAUGAGUGCCAGUGCGGGGACGGGGGUGCUGGACCCCUGCAUGUGCCGAGUGUCUGUACGAAAGGAAUUGAAAGGGGGGAAAUCUUUUGCAAAGCUGGGUUUUGCUGACUUGAACUUAUCGGAGUUUGCUGGGUCUGGCAGCACUGUACGACGGUGUCUACUAGAGGGAUAUGACACAAAGAACACCAGACAAGACAACUCCAUUCUCAAGGUGGUUAUUUCUACACAGCUAAUGUCUGGAGACCCCUGCUUCAAAACACCACCGUCCACAGCCAUGACUCUGGGAAUCCCCCCGACUCAGGGAGAGGGUCUCCUUGAGGACAGAAAAGGAGGAGAUGUGCUCUCAUCACGCUCAGUCACUGCAACUCCGACAAAGUCCGCAUCAGUCCCAGAGGAGCUGAUUGCAUUUGGCCACUCCAGAACGUCCAGUUAUGCAAGUCAGCUAUCAAAGAUUUCAGGUUAUAGUUCAAACCAUUCAAGUUCAACAGAUCUGAGCCACAGGCGAAGUGGUUCAGGAGGCUCUGCCUCCACAGGCAUCGGCAGCAUCGAGCCCAGUGAUCAGCAGGGGGAGAGAGAAAACAGGACCACACCCCCUUCCACAGGCUCUCCAACCUUUGCAUGUGAAAAACUGUCCACGCCAAAUAGGCCUUUCAGACAUCCAGUAAAACAGAACUCAGUGGAGAUUCAGCUAAAGAGAGUUGAUGCCACACGGGUGGACGCUGAUGAUAUAAUAGAGAAAAUCCUGCAGGGCCAGGAUUUCAGCCAUGGCCUCUUGGAUUCCAGUGCAGAGGAGGAGGGGCUCAGCUUGUUUGUUGGACCCGGUGGGAGCACAGCUCUGGGAAGUCAGCACACAAGGGUCGUAACCGGAGCUUUCGAACAGGUGGUCAUCCAGCGGUAGUCUUUAGUAGGCAUGUGUCUUCAGUAAGAGGGACUACCUCUUCGGUGCAGUGCAGGAAGACUGAUCUCAGGAAGUGCCAAAUGAACUUAUUCAUAUCUGACUUCAGGAGAUUUUAUUCCCCUUAUGCAACAUUUCCCCAAAUGACCUAUGCAGCAUCUGUUCGCUAUGAACUCCCCCUGGUGUUCAAAAGGUGGAACUGAAGGACAGUAUUGAAACUUUUUGUGCACUGAUGACUGUUUCUUUGUUCCUUCUUAAGGACGUUUGGUUCAAACUAUCAGUAUUUACCUCUCUGAUGAAACUUAAAAAGAACAAAAAUGAUUCCCAAGUGUACAUCCACCCACUGUGUGAUUUUAUUUCACUUUAAUUGAAAUGUCAACCUCUCUCUGUACUAAGAGACCCUCAUGUAACACUAAUUGUUAGUUUUUGUAUUUUAAUUAAAAAAGAAGGAGACAAGAACGCUAAAAAAAAAACGGUUGUAACUGUCAGCGCUUUAUACUGGAGUGAACAUGCACCUUAAUAUAUCAUGUUUCAGCAUUUAGAUUAUUGUAUUCUGGUUGUUAGUUUUGUUUUUCGUUAUCAAUUCUUAUAGAAAGAGAAUGUGAAUGGCGUAUGCUCCUGUAGUCUUUACACUAUUUAAGGAGUAGAAAACUGACAGUAAGACACUUAUAUAUAGCUAUUUAUAACAAACUCAGCCCAGUAAAACUGAACUCCUCUCACCUGGUUGUGAAGGAGGCUUGCUCAUUUUGUUACGUUGCAGAAGUGUAUCCGUUUAGUGUCUAUAGUAAUGUGUAUGUGUGUUGUUUUGUCUUUGUACAUUGAAAGUAACAAAAUGUUAUGUGAUUGUUUUAAAUGUGCCAGAGCUGAAUGUAUAAGUUGUAAAAAGAAAUGAAAGUCACAGCUAUAGUUUA